AGAAGUGGGCCUUCCAAUGAAUUGCAUGUUAAAUUAGAGGAGUGUUAUGAACAAUUUAAAGGGGUGGAGAAAGAAAGAAAGAAGACUGAAGCUGAGUUAGCAAGACAAAAUCCAGGGAAGAAAGUGUCCAGUGCUAAUAAUAUUGUUAUACCUAGACUACCAUCUAAUCCCUCUAGAGUUGAUAGAUUGAUUGUAGAUUCCUUCAGAGAACAUGCUAGAAUCAUAACACUGAUAGAUAAAAUGCAGAGAUUAAGAAGUAUAACUAUCCAUCCAAAUAUACAGUCUAGUUUAGAGAAAUGGUUAGAAGGUAUACGUAAAGUACAAGCCAGGAGAAAAGAAGAAAUUGUGAAUGCUGCUAAUAGACAUCGAGCAGGUAUACCACGGCAACAAGAAGAUAAAGAUGUUCUAGCUUUAGCAACAAGUAUCAGUGAACUUACAGCUCAUAUUAAACGAGCAAGAACAGCUCAAUGGGCAGCUUUACAAAUG